GCUAGGAGUGAGGAUUACAUAUGGCUCAGUUUUGUUGUUAUUGAAAUGAAAUAAUGAAAAGUUUUGUGAUGUGUUAAUUUAGGCAAAAUUUUAGUUUGACCUGUAUGAAGACGAAGAACAGCUAGUGAAGUUUCGAGAUAUCGUUGACUUACUUGUUGCAGCUGGCUAUUUCCGUGCUCGUAUUAAAUCACUUUCUCCAUUCGAUAAGAUGGUUGGUGGAAUGGUAUGGUGUAUAACCUCAUGCAAUCACACUAUUGAUGUAGACUUAUUCUACUCUGAAAGUGCUACUAUAGGUCAAAAAAUUGCACUGACAGAAAAGGUAGUAGAGGUGUUACCGCAGUUGAAAUGUCCGCAUACCAUUGAGCCUCAUCAAAUUCAAGGGCUUGAUUGUAUUCACAUUUUUCCUGUUGUACAGUGGCUUGUGAGGGAAGCCGUGUAUGCCAAGGAGCUGUAUGGUGAUAAUGUUCGUAAUCAUGCUAUGUAUCACUUUUCUCACCGAUUUCGCUUUUCAAAGGAAAAAAGCAAGGACAAUCAAAAAAGUAUUUUUUCUACCAACUGUCGCAAAAUAAGAGUGAACUGCAUUCCUCAGCGUAUUUAUAGACGAAAAGAUGAUAUCAAGUCAUUAAAUUUGCGUGCCGAUGUUCGCUAUACUUUGUUGGAAUAUGGCUGGUUUGUUGUGGGAUUUUUCAAGAAAGUGCCUCAUGAUGUAACUGUUCAGAAAGACGUUACGGACGAGGAAAGGAAAGAACUAAAUGGAAGUUUGGAGAUUGAUGAAUUUCUUCCGCAGUUAUCAGAAAUGGACAUUUCGUUAGAGCAACAACGUUUUUCAGUAAAAACAUUAGCUCGAGUCAUUGAUGUAUCGGAAUUUCAUACUGAAGAACAACUUAAAGAAAAAGAAGAACGUUUGGAUAAUUCUCUUAAAAUGCUCGAGAAAAAUAAGCAAAUGCAAGUACUAGAAAUUGAUGAGAUCGAUAAAAGAAUUGCGGAUUAUGAGCAUUUAAUUAACGAAAGUGAUGAAGAUACAUUAAACAAAUUGAAGCAUCUUCUUAUCGAACACGAUGAAAUUGCUAGACGAGAAGCUGAUUUCAAAGCUAUUUGCCGAAAUAAAUUAGGGGAGCUAGACAAGGAAAUAGAAAUGUUGCAGGCAUUUGAUCCAGCCGUAGAGGAAUUUGAUGUUACGUUUGAUGAAAACGAAGCUAUCAAAUUGAGAGAGCGCAUGGCUAAUUUACGCAUAGAAUUAGGUCAAUUAAAUCAACAGAUUGCUGCGGAGCGACGUAUUCGUGACAGUAUUCCCGCACAAAUUGAAACUAGUCAAUAUCAUAGAAGAAUUAUCGAGCUUUAUAACCAAAUUGCUUGUAAACAUCGAGAAACGAAGCAGUUUUAUAUUUUGCAUAACACUCUGGUGGAUAUUAAAACUUUCAUGAAUAAGGAAAUCGACUUGCUGAACAGCAUGGAUGAUGUCUAUGACUUUGUCUGUGUUAUGUUUUUACCUCGUGUUGUUCAACAGGUUUCUACAAAGUUGGAGCGGCUGCAAACACGGAAAGAUAAAUUAAAUGAAGAGUAUCAAUACAUGUUGGAUAGAGAACGACUUUACUAUAAGAAGGUGGAGGAUUUCAAAAAUGCUUGUCAUGAAAAUGAAGAACUGAAGCGUAGAAUAGAGGAUAAACAUCAUCCUUUUAUCAUACGACACUGUGCUCAAUUUAAUCUUCGGAGUAUGUAUCAAGGCAUGCAUCAGUUCAAUUUUCGUCAUGUAAUUUGCAGAAUGGAGUUAAUGCGGUUUAAGCGUACUCCACUGGAAGCAGAACUAAGGUUUAGCAAUAAUUUCAAGAAUUUCUGUGAGGGCGUUCCUUGUAAAUUAGGCAUCGAUGAAGCUGGACGUGGACCUGUACUUGGUCCGAUGGUGUACGCUUGUACUGUAAUAAUGUUAGACAAAGAUGAUGUUUUACGGGACAUAGGUGUGAAUGAUUCCAAACUAUUGACUGAAACAAAACGUGAAAAAAUUUUCAAUGAGAUGAAUAACAAAUCAAAGGUUCAUAAUUCUUUUGAUAUGUAUUUCCUCGUAAUUGGAUAUGCAUAUCGAGUUUUAUCAGCUCAAAUGAUUAGUGCUGCUAUGUUGCGGCGCACGAAAUACUCAUUAAACGAAUUAUCUCAUGACUGUGCUGUUGAAUUGAUGAAAUUAGCUCUUGAUAGCGAUAUAAAUGUUGUGGAGGCUUAUGUGGAUACUGUUGGCCCUCGAGCUUCUUAUCAAUCUAUGCUGAAGAAGAAGUUUCCGUCAGUGCAGAUUACUGUAUCAGAAAAAGCAGAUUUAAAAUUUCCAGUAGUUGGUGCAGCCUCAAUCGUUGCAAAGGUGACUUUUUUCAAAUGCUUCACUAGGGUCAAACGUGACGAAAUCUUGAAAAACUGGGUGUUUCCUGAAGGUAUUGAUGUUCCAUCAUGUGGACACGGUAGUGGAUAUCCUACAGAUCCGAAAACGAAGAAUUUUUUGAAGGAGGUGUUUGAUCCAGUUUUCGGUUAUCCAAAUCUAGUACGAUUUAGUUGGAAAACAGUUGAAGUUAUAAUGCAGAAAAGGGCGAUGAAAUGUCAAUGGGGCAAACUGGAAAAUACUUCUACAAAAACCAUUACGUCGUUUUUCAAACCUUGCUUUGUUGGGAAAAAUUGUGAGUCCGCAAAAAAUUCGUUCCUCGCCGACAGGCAUCUCUCUAAUGUUACAGAUUGCUCUGAUUUUUAG